GGGGGGAGAAGAUGGCGGAGGGAGGCGCGGCGGAUCUGGAGACCCAGCGCACGGACGUGGCGGCGCUGCUCAAAACCGCCCUCCGCAAGGGCGACACCUGGUAUCUAGUGGAUAGUCGCUGGUUCAAACAGUGGAAAAAAUAUGUUGGUUUCGACAGCUGGGACAAAUAUCAAAUGGGAGAUCAGAAUGUCUACCCUGGUCCUAUUGAUAAUUCUGGACUUCUCAAAGAUGGUGAUUCUCAGUCUCUCAAAGAACAUCUCAUUGAUGAGCUGGACUACAUCCUGUUGCCAACUGAGGGCUGGAAUAGGCUAGUUAGCUGGUACACGCUAAUGGAAGGUCAAGAGCCAAUAGCACGCAAGGUUGUUGAACAGGGUAUGUUUGUAAAGCACUGCAAAGUAGAAGUAUAUCUGACAGAAUUAAAGCUUUGUGAAAAUGGAAAUAUGAACAAUGUUGUCACACGAAGAUUUAGUAAAGCUGAUACAAUAGAUACAAUUGAAAAAGAGAUAAGAAAAAUCUUCAAUAUUCCAGGUGAAAAAGAGACCAGAUUGUGGAACAAAUACAUGAGUAAUACUUUUGAACCUUUGAAUAAACCAGAUAGUACCAUACAAGAUGCUGGUUUAUACCAGGGACAGGUACUGGUAAUAGAACAGAAGAAUGAGGAUGGAACAUGGCCAAGAGGUUCUUCAACUCCUAAGUCCCCAGGUGCAUCCAAUUUUUCAACUUUACCAAAGAUCUCUCCAUCUCUAUCAAAUAAUUAUAACAACAUGAACAACAGAAAUGUGAAAAAUUCAAAUUAUUGUCUCCCAUCAUAUACUGCUUAUAAGAAUUAUGAUUAUUCGGAGCCAGGAAGACAUAAUGAACAGCCAGGCCUGUGUGGCCUGAGCAACUUGGGGAAUACAUGUUUCAUGAAUUCAGCAAUUCAGUGUCUGAGCAACACACCUCCUCUUACAGAAUAUUUUCUCAAUGAUAAAUACCAAGAAGAGUUGAACUUUGACAAUCCUUUGGGAAUGCGUGGUGAAAUUGCAAAAUCUUAUGCAGAGCUCAUCAAGCAAAUGUGGUCAGGAAAAUACAGUUAUGUUACCCCAAGAGCAUUUAAGACACAAGUGGGACGAUUUGCACCACAGUUUUCUGGUUAUCAGCAACAAGAUUGUCAAGAGCUACUGGCUUUUCUCUUGGAUGGCUUACAUGAGGAUUUGAAUCGAAUUAGGAAAAAGCCGUAUAUUCAGUUAAAAGAUGCGGAUGGAAGACCAGACAAGGUAGUUGCUGAAGAAGCCUGGGAAAACCAUUUAAAAAGAAAUGAUUCCAUCAUUGUAGAUAUAUUUCAUGGCCUUUUUAAAUCCACUCUUGUCUGUCCUGAAUGUGCUAAGAUUUCUGUAACCUUUGAUCCAUUUUGUUAUUUGACACUUCCAUUACCCAUGAAAAAAGAACGCACUUUGGAAGUUUUUUUAGUCAGAAUGGAUCCACUUGCUAAGCCUAUGCAGUACAAAGUAGUAGUUCCAAAAAUUGGAAAUAUAUUGGAUCUUUGCACAGCGUUGUCGGCUCUGUCAGGUGUUGCUGCAGAUAAGAUGAUUGUUACUGAUAUAUACAAUCAUAGGUUCCACAGGAUAUUUGCCAUGGAUGAAAAUCUGAGUAGUAUUAUGGAACGUGAUGACAUUUAUGUGUUUGAAAUUGCUAUCAAUAGAACAGAAGAUACGGAACAAGUUAUAAUUCCUGUUUGUUUAAGGGAAAAGUGCAGGCACACUAGCUACAGCCAUAGUGGUUCCUCACUGUUUGGUCAACCUUUUCUCAUAGCAGUGCCUAGAAACAACACUGAAGAUAAACUGUAUAACCUGCUGCUGCUAAGAAUGUGCCGAUAUGUAAAAACAUGCACUGAAACUGAUGACAGUGAAGGAUCCCUACGGUGCUGUAAGGAACAUGGUAUCAAUGGUAACGGCCCAAAUGGAAUACAUGAAGAGGGCUCUCCAAGUGAAAUGGAAACAGAUGAGCAGGAUGAUGAAUCCAGCCAGGAUCAGGAGCUUCCUUCAGAGAAUGAAAACAGCCAGUCAGAAGACUCUGUUGGAGGUGACAAUGACUCUGAAAAUGGAUUAUGUACUGAGGAUACUUGCAAAGGUCAACCACUCACGGGACACAAAAAACGAUUGUUUACAUUCCAGUUCAAUAACUUAGGCAAUACUGACAUAAAUUACAUCAAAGAUGAUACCAGGCAUAUUAGAUUUGAUGACAGGCAACCUAGGCUUGAUGAAAGAUCUUUCCUUGCUUUGGAUUGGGAUCCUGAGUUGAAGAAGAGAUACUUUGAUGAUAGUGCAGCAGAGGAUUUUGAAAAACAUGAAAGUGUGGAAUAUAAACCUCCCAAAAAGCCUUUUGUGAAAUUAAAAGAUUGCAUUGAACUGUUCACAACAAAGGAAAAACUAGGUGCUGAAGACCCAUGGUAUUGUCCAAACUGUAAAGAACAUCAGCAAGCUACCAAAAAGUUAGACUUGUGGUCACUUCCCCCAGUACUGGUAGUUCAUCUAAAACGCUUUUCCUACAGCAGAUACAUGAGGGACAAGUUGGACACAUUGGUUGGCUUUCCAAUAAAUGAUUUGGACAUGUCAGAGUUCCUUAUUAAUCCAAAUGCAGGGCCUUGCCGCUACAACUUGAUUGCUGUCUCCAAUCACUAUGGAGGAAUGGGAGGAGGGCACUAUACUGCUUUCGCAAAAAACAAAGACGAUGGAAAAUGGUACUACUUUGAUGACAGCAGCGUGUCAAUUGCGUGCGAGGAUCAAAUAGUGUCCAAAGCUGCGUAUGUGCUCUUCUACCAGAGACAGGAUACAAUCAGUGGAACUGGCUUUUUUCCUCUUGACCGGGAAACUAAACAAGGUGCUUCAGCUGCCACAGGCAUCCCACUAGAAAGCGAUGAAGACAGCAAUGAAAAUGAUAAUGAUAUAGAAAAUGAAAAUUGUAUGCACACUAACUAAUGGAAGAACUAGAAGCCAUAAAAGAGACUUUCCUACAGGGGAUACCUAUUGAAAGAGUGAAAUUGCCCACCAAAUUAAAAAUAAAAAUAAAAAUCUGAGAUGGGGAAUUUCAGAUAACAGAAUGUAAAUCUUUAUUACAUUUUAACAUGUGCAGUACUUGAAGUGAAACAAUAAAAUCUUUAACAGAAAUUGUCUCUAAUGCAUUUACAGUCUUGUAUUCACAAGCUAUAUAUAGGAAAUCACAAAUAAACCCCUUUUAAGUUUUCUGCUGCUGUUCUGAUGGAUUAUGUUUUCUUUGGUUUUGGAUGUGAGUUAAUAACGAAAAUGUUAAAUCUGUGGACUUCUGACAUUUAUUUUCUUAGUACUGCAAGAAUACUACUGCCAAGUCUAGUUUCUGGAUGAAUAUAUUCAUGUCCCUUAGGCGGUCACACAGACUAUAAGUAAAAAUGUCAUAAACAUAAGCAGUAGUUUUGAAACAUCAAAUUUCUAUGUUUCUCCCUAAAAAAAAAUACCUUUUUUAAUUUGAUCAUGAUAGAAGAAAUAGCUUGAAAAGGUGUUUUAACCUUUUGUGAUAUAGUUGUGCAUCCAGAAUAUUAUGUUCACCUUACUGCUGCUGUGGAACAGGUUCUGGAUGUCAUGCUGCAUUAACAAAGUUUUUCAAUUAAAUGUAAGUAUCCUUUGUUGCUUGUUGGAAUCUACUCUGCAAACAUAAUUCCUGUUAUCUUGCUUAUAAGACAUGCAUAAUUUUAAUCUGAUGUCAGUCCAAAAUUUAAAAUUGUGCUGUAAGUUCUCUCUCCCCAGUUUUCAUAGUUUGACAGCUUGCAAACUACUCUGUAAUAGGGUCAGAGUUAAUAGUAUUCUGUAUCCAUAGUAAUGACUGUGUAUCGGGCUUAGAUGAGAAUUUCUCGAUAUAACCUACCUUUAAAUCAUUAAUGAACAAAUUGGUUUUAAAGGUAGGCCUGUUAAUUUUCUUUGUGUGUUCCUGUUGGAAUUCACCAUAGCCUUACAGCUCUGAAAAGGUAACUCAUUAUAAGAGAAUUGGCGUUUGCAUGUUCAAGUCAGAACCUGUACAGUAUAUAAGGCAUAGAAACUUUGAAUUGGGUUUCAGUUAAUUGUGUUCAGGGGUCCAGGAUGCCAAAAUAAGUGCGACAAUUUAAAACAUUUCUUAAUUUGCUGCUUUCCCUUCGAUCUAGUUGGAAGAAUGUAUUGUUAAUUUGUAUACAAUACUGCCUUUGAGAGGAACCCUUGAUUGCGGGGGCACAUUUCACAUAUCUACUACCUGGAGAAUUGCUUUGUGUCCCACUGUUCAAACAGAUAAUUAAAAAUAAAGAUAAAAGCAAAAAGUAUGAUGUUCUUCACUUGAACUAAUCAAAUACAAUAGGUUAUAAAUUGUGUAUUGUAAAUAAAAGUUCACUCUGUGAGUGCACAUUUUGGUAAAUUAUUUAUUUAUGUUAGCAUUAAAAAGUUUAAAAAAUUGCAUUUGACCAGGAUAUAAAUGAGGUAUGUUGGACAUGGCUUUGCUUUAUACCUUGAUAUUAAACUGGUGUUUCAUCCUGGUAUUUUAAAGCUGCUUUGAGGUUUUUUUUUUUUAAAUGUAAACUAACCUCCUGCAUGACAGAGGUUAAAAUUUUGUCUGCACUUGAGUUCACUUGGGUUUACAUUUGAAAUGCGCAUGUUUAUUUAUACAGAUUUCAAUAAAGCUAUUCAAGGCCUUA